UCUGACUUCCGGUAGCUUUCUCGUACGAAGGCUGCACGUGUUGGGGGAUUCAGGGAGGAUUUUGGAUAUUUUAAUCUCUUUGUGGUCUCUUUAUGACCCCCGCGUGUGUAUAUAUGAUCGUGGUUAGCGCCUCCGAGCGCGUGUCAAAAUGCUCCAGCAGAAGUAAACUUUAGAAACAUGCGCGUGCAACCGGCAGCGGACGGCUAACGUUAGCUGAACAAGUCCGGACUUGUUUCCAAAAUCCCGCAGAGAGAGCGAGAGGGGGCAGCGUGGCCAUUUGUGUUAUUAAACAGCAAACAAACAUGGAUUACCAGUUCCCUCAGCAGCUGUUUCCUUCAUUUUAUAACUGCGGGCCGCCGGAGUUGGUGCUGAAACACGACGUUGGAGGCUGGGGCAGGUACGACCGGGUGCGACCGCAGGUCGGGUCUGAUCCUCUCUCCAGCUGGACUUUUACGCCCAGGCAUCAGGUCAGAGGGGAGCUGUGGCGUCAAGUCGAGCCUGUGCCGGUUCCCCUCCUGUCUCCUAAAAAGGCUUUUCUUUUACCUUUGAAGCCUCCGGAUUCGAUGGACUUCAUAGAACACAUGAAGAAUUUCUACACGGAUCACUCGAUGGACGCCUUCGGAUGCAUGAGUGAGAUUCUGGGUGAAAACUUCAGCUUUAAGCAAAAAGGGAAGAAAGAGAAACAUCUUAAGAAUGCAGUGAGGCUGGGGAAGCUGAAGGACUUGUUGGACUUGCUAAAGCUUAAAAUCUGUGAGCCGACGUAUAUCUCCCAGAUGUUGGGUCAGUACAGCGUCCAGCUGUGGGACGUGGUACACACCAUCCCUCCGGAGCUGCUCGGCUCUCUGCUGUACGAGGAGCUGGCGGAGCACAGGGACCGCUUGCUCUUCUCCGAAGGAGCCACCGGAGGCGCUCUGACAUACGUUCCAUUUUUGCAGAGCGGCAGCGGCUCUCAGAGCGGCUGCCUCCUCUAUCCUAACCAGGGGCUGCACCGUCUCAACUUCCACAAGGUGGAGCUGCAGCACCACAGAGGAGGCCCUUCCUUUGUGGACGCCAGCAGCAGCGAACCAUUCAGCUUCCAGCUCAAAGGCGCCAUCAGACAGAUCAGCACCACCUCGCUGUUCAGUGAAUGUUGUGUCGGCGUGCGGUCAGAUUACCAUUGUGGAGUUUGGAGGUUCAGUGAGAGAAACGAGCCGCGGCUGCUGCAGGUGGUCAGCACGCCGGAGGUCGCGACCUGCAUCACCGUCAGUCCUCAUGUUUUAGGUGAAGUUCUGGUAGCGAGUGAGAGCGGAGCUGCAAACCUGUGGACGGUGGGAAAAGGGAUGCAGAAGGUUCGAGCUGAGGACAGCAACCUGUACUUCAACGCCAAGUCUUCGUGGAGAUGGUGCGAGUUCACAGCUCACCCGAGGGUGAUGCUGUACGCGGACAGGACGGGGGCGGAGCUGUCAGACAUCAGGGUGAGUCCGGCCUCCUGUCACACUCUGUUUCGUAUCAGUAGCUCGGCCGAGUGUCGGAGCGGAGAGAGACUCAUCCUGUCCAGGUAUCUGGGAGACGCCCACUCCUUCCACCACCUCAUCACCACACAGUACUCGGCGUACAUCAUGGACGAGCGCUUCCCAUGCGUGCCGAUGCUCAAGUGGGAUCACAUGAUGCAGAACCCACCUGUGUUCUGUCACAUUGUUCCCGGCUCCGCCUCCUCUGGCUCAGCAGCUGGCGGAGCGAGGACCACUAAGGUCCUCCUCAGCUCCCAAAGUUCUCAGGAAAUUAUGAUGCUGCAGUAUUCAGGAGGCAGAGUGGAGGCCUGUGUCAGUCGAGGUCCUCCUCAGGCUCUACUCAGACCCAGAGACAGUCUAAAACACCUCCCGGUCCAGAUCCCUCACCGAAUGGACACCGCAACCAACAGACUGUCCUCACCUGCUGCAGGUCUCACUUGCAUUCAGGGGGAAGCAGGAAGAGGAGGUGGUGACAAGGACUGCAUGUGCAUCCUCCAGCUGACCGAGGCCGGAGAUAUUUUCUAUCAGAUCCUCGAGCCCGAGCAGCUGGGUGCCGACGCAUCGCGACCUCAAGCAGCAGAGGACGAACUCAAGCCUCAGCAACAAACUCUGAAAGAAAACGCAACAAGGGCGAGAAAAACAGCUGAUUCUCGGCUGGUCGUGUCGGAUACGUCCAGUGACGAGGGCAUAGUUGGACCCACGCAGGGUCCGAGCGUACCGAGGACUGUAGCUGAAACUCCAGAAAAACGAUGGCAAACAUCAAGCUCAGAUUCGUCCCCUGAGUUGGAAAAGAACCGAAACCCGAAGCGGUUGCAGCUGCAGGUUAUUGUCAACGAUGACCCCUUACAGGAGGAAGGAAGUGGAAUGGAUGCCGGUGUGAAAGAGAAAGCUGUUGGUGCAGAGGAAACAGUCGGUGGUGCCUCUCGGCGACAGACCCCGGUAAAGCUCAGCCGGGGUGUUCUCAUCACGUGGAAGAAUUGGCUGCAGAAACUGAUGCACAAAAGUUCAGAAAAGAAGCCCCGCCCACACUUCAGAGUCCAAACUCAGGGUCUGCUUUGUUUGCCCGACAACGAUGAAGGAGAUUCAUCAAAGGGGUCCAUGCAAAGCAUGAGGCAGGAAAUGAAGUCGUGUAUGUCCAGACGCUCGCUGCUGCUUCACAGCAUGGUCUCCGCCUCCCUCAGGACUCCAGAUGUAGUACCUGUGCCAAACCAGGUCAACACGGACAUCUGGACAGACGCGCUCAGUAAACGUCUGACCGCCUCCUGGCAGGGUGAGGAAGCAUGGCGGAAGUGCUGGAAGGACCAGCUGGGCCCGACCAAGGAGGCGAAGAUUCAGGCUCUGAGAAGGAAGAGGAGGAGAGAAAAGGAGGCGAAGCGAGCCGCUGGACGUCGGUUGGAUCUGAGCGGCAGCUUCACCUCGUCUAUCAGCUACCAGUCAGAGCUGUGCGACUUCUCGGACUCAGCGGGCUGGUCCUCCGGGCUCAGCCAGGGGGCGUGGUCUGACACAGGCAGCAGAGGGGAGCUGUCCCAGCCAGAGAAUAUUUCGGAGGAUGAAACUCUGAGGGCUGCGACACCUUCUGUCGUUCAAAACGACACUCCAACUACCACCCCUACCGCCACAUCGCAGCGCGUUAAACGUAGUGACCCCCACCAGACCCCCAGCAGGACUAGCACCCUCCCUCAGACCCCCAGCAGGACUAGCACCCUCCCUCAGACCCCCAGCAGGACUAGCACCCUCCCUCAGACCCAGACACCGGGACUGGAUUCCACUCCAGCCCGUCAGAGGAGGAGCAAACGUCCAGCAGAUGGCGACCUGAGCUCUCUGUUCACACUGCAGGAUGAUCCUUCGCAGAGCCACUUCCUGGAUGAAGGGAGCUCCACGAGUGCAUUCUUGACCUCAUCUCAGCUCCACAGUUUCCAGUCCAUCCCACUCCAGAAUCUCAGGGUGGAUCUGUCCAGUGUUCCAGUCAGCUCACAGAGGUCCUCCCAGUCCCAAUCCCAGUCCCUUUCUCAGAGUUCACGGGGUCGACUGUCGCAGGCAUCGCAACCAAAGAAGAAGUCUCGGAUGGGAUUUUAAACCUUUUUCUCGUUCUGGGAAUCUUAGCGUUUGGAAUUUUGGGAUUACUUUUCUGGGAUUUGCUACACUGGGGAUCUAAGCUAAUCGAGGAGGAUCACCUGAGUGACGCCUGGAGGAUGAAGAAGAGUCACUGCAGACUGUUUGGUAGGACUGAAUGGAAUUUAUUACCUCUGUUGUGUGUUUCUGUGAUAUCCUGAGCGCGCGUGUGUGUGUGUGUUUGCUUGCUUUCCAGGAGGUGUCAGGGUGCAGCUGACUCAUGUUUGUUUUUUCAUAAAGGCUGAGGGUCAGUGAAAUUGUUGGUGGUGAUAAAUUAGCUUCAGUUCAGCAGAGAGACGAUCCUGAAGUGAUGCUGGAGUUUUCUAUAACUACAGUCUGAUAUAAAAGCUGAGGAGCCUUUAAAAUACCAAUAAUCCAUUUAUUAAAAUUAUGUCAGGGUUAGAAGAUGUUCGUUACAGUAACACUUUGUAGGCCAUACGGCCGUAAUUAAUUCAGGGUUUUUUGUUUUGUUUGUUUUUCAUGGGGAGUUCAGAUUUGAUGAAACUAAUUUGGCUUUUAAAGAUGAAGUAAAAAAACAGGCUUUUUCAGACUGAGGAGCAGCAAAAAGGUUCGAGGAUGUCUUUGAGCUGUUAAUCAGAGGUGUGAGAAGAGCUUAAAAAAAUAGCUGAAAUGUCAUCAACUGUGAACAGCUGUGGUUAAAUGUACAUUACUUAAAAAGCUGUUUGACUAUGAAAUAUAUUUUUAUAUAUUUAUAUAUAUAUUCUGUUUCUCCAUGUGAUAAAAGAAGACUUCAUUAGUUUUGCUCUGUUUUCUAAGCAAAAUUUAUUUUCCCAAUA